AAUAUCUUAUCUAAUUUUGCUAAAAAUAAUCUGGAUAGAAUUAAUGAAGUGAAGAAAAAUUAUCAACAUUAUAACUUCCCCCCUCCGAUAAAAUCAAGAAAGCUCUUGAAAUCACGAACAUUAAAGUAUCUUGAUCUAAUUCCAAGUAUAAUCAAGGGCAAAAUUGCUUCAAAAUACUAUAAUUUAGCGUAUCAACAACAGAAAACCUCCUCAAACUCAAAAAUGUCAAAGGACGAACAUUGGCAAAUUAGCUGGAACAAAUACGUCGGGGGUUAUUAUGGUUUGGAACGCCAACACUUCAUAAACUUGGUCAUCUUGAGUAAAUGGCGUAAUCUCAUCAAUAGUAAGGAGCUGUCAAACCCAACGCUAAGAUAUUGGACUACUAAUGAUUUUUCGGCUUACGUACUAGCCAACGAAAUCAUCAUCAGACUCGUCAUGGAAGAUAUGCACUGCUCCCAAUCAAAAGCAGAAGAUAUCAUCAAUAAAACUACAGAAUAUGGUACUAUUGUCAUGGAUUCAAUUCCUUUGGAACAUGAUUUGGGU